UGUGUGUUCGGGAGCGUUAGACAUGUGACAUUGAUCACAAUGUAUCUUUCGCGAGUGUUUUGUCUUGUAGCAUUGGUAUGGGUGACUGCUGGCAGGGAAACCUGUGUCGUGCCAGCUGGAGGCUCAAAUGCCACCGAUGAUGCGCCUGCCAUUAUACAAGCCUUCAAGGAAUGUGGCCACGGAGGCAAAGUAGUAUUCAAGCCAACAACAUACUACGUCAAUACCGUUAUGAACAUUUCGUGGCUGGAAGAUGUCGACAUUGAUAUUGGAGGAACACUUCUGUGGAGUACAGACAUAAAAUACUGGUUAAACCAUUCUCUACCAGUCGGAUAUCAGAAUCAAUCCACAGCGUUCAUUCUUGGGGGCAAUAAUGUUCGAAUCAAUGGCCAUGGUAUAGGGACGUUGGAUGGCAACGGGGAUACCUGGUACCAAUGGAUACGAGAGCAGCCGAACACCUCCAACUAUCCCGGUCGUCCGCAUGCCAUCACUUUCAGUGGCCUCACACACUCUGUGGUUCGGGGCCUCAACUUUUUACGCAGUCAGAUGUGGACGAUGUCUAUUAUAUAUAGUCACCACGUUGAACUUGAUAGUAUACUCGUCAACAACACCGGAAAUCGUGUCUCAAGCUCAAACACGGACGGAGCUGACACCAUCAGAUCCUCGCAUAUUAAAUUCAACAACUGGACCGUGUACAAUGGUGACGAUAGUAUCUCACUUAAGGGUAAUAGCACUAAUAUUAGCAUCACAAACUCCAAUUUCUACAAUGGACUAGGAAUUGCAUUAGGAAGUAUUGGCCAGUACAAGAACCAAUUCGAAACCAUCGAGGGCCUCAAUGUGAUAAAUGUCAACUAUCAUAAUACUCUUCAUGCGGUGUACUUCAAAACAUGGACAGCUGAACAAAACGGAUAUCCGCCCAAUGGCGGUGGCGGUGGAGUGGGAUAUGCUUCCGAUAUGACGUUCAAAGAUCUCAAGGCUUCAUCUCUCCGUGGGGCCGCGAUUGCAAUCUCGCAGUGUACCCGAUUCAGCGGCGCUCCUGGUACAGGCAACUGCACCAACUCUAAGUUUCAAAUCCGUGAUAUUUCAGUCCUCAACCUAAGUGGUACAACCAAAUCCACCAGGAUCGCAAGUUUCCAGUGUAGUGCUGUAGCGCCCUGUACUGACAUUUCGCUCUCCGGUAUCGACCUUGAGCUGACAAAUGGAACGGCGGCUUCAGUGUUUCUAUGUGGAAAUGUGAAGAGCCCGAGAGGCUUUGAAUGUACAGGGCCGGUGUGUGAGGGGGGCAGUGCGACGGGAGAGUGUUGAACCCCCGUUGAUAUGUAACUAAGUCUUGAGAGUUGAAGUAUUACGAGAUCAGUUCUGCUAUUAUGAAACUAAAC